AUGGCGCCCCAUUUCGAGCCUCUGAAAAAUGAUUUGAUCCUGCGUACAGCGAGGGGUGAAAAGGUUGAACGGCCGCCCAUAUGGGUAAUGCGACAGGCUGGACGCUACCUGCCCGAAUACCACGAGGCCAAGGGAAAGAACGACUUUUUUGAAUGCUGCCGUAGUCCCGAAAUCGCCUCAACGCUCACCCUCCAACCCAUCGAGCGAUACGAGGGCCUUAUCGAUGCAGCCAUCAUCUUCUCCGAUAUCCUUGUCAUCCCACAGGCCAUGGGCAUGGAGGUCAUCAUGGUAGACAAAAAGGGCCCACACUUCCCCGACCCCCUUCAGACACCAGAAGACAAGCAGUAUAAGGAGGUGCUCGAGAGGAAAGUGGAUGUUGCAGAGUCGCUGGAUUAUGUAUACAAGGCUAUUACAUUAACACGGCAGAAGCUCGCUGGUCGAGUACCGCUCAUUGGAUUCUGCGGUGCGCCGUGGACCUUGCUAUGCUACAUGGUAGAGGGCGGAGGAAGCAAACUGUUCAUUCAGACCAAGACGUGGGUUUACAAGUAUCCCGAGGAGAGUAAGGCAUUGCUGCAGAAGAUUGCCGAGCUCUGCGUCGAGUAUCUUGCCCUGCAGGUACAGGCUGGAGCACAGAUGAUCCAAGUCUUUGAUUCCUGGGCUGGCGAGCUCUCUCCCACGUCUUUCAAGAGCUUUGCUCUCCCAUACCUGAACUACAUCGCCGACAAUCUCCCCGCACGCCUCAAGUCGAAAGGUCUCGAGCCUGUACCCAUGACUGUUUUCGCCAAAGGAGCAUGGUAUGCGCUGCCUGAUCUGUUCGAGUCCAACUACAACACGAUUGGUCUGGAUUGGCUACAUGAUCCGGCUGAAGCUUACAAAUUGGCUCGAGCAAAGGGUAAGGUCUUGCAAGGCAAUGCGGAUCCUGGUGUUCUGUACGGCACCCAGGAAGCCAUCACGAGAGUGGUGGAGGAGAUGGUUGCAGGAUUCGAUGGCGGCAAGCAAGGCUGGAUUGCAAAUCUCGGUCAUGGUAAGACAAAGCUGAGCCCAUUUUGA